CAGUGUAAGGCAGCUCUUUGAAGGGAGAGCAGACAGUGGAGCUGCUGCUCAGUGUCAGGAGGGGGUCUGAGACAGCAACACAUACAGGAGGUAUCGGGACAAGUCCUGAAGUGCCAGACCCCUGGGCACUCACUGUGCCAGGAACUGUCCACUGCCAAUACUGACCCUCAUUCCAGCCCAGUGUCCAGGGCAGAGUAGUGAGGCUGCAGAGGACACUCACCAUGACACCAGCUGCUGGUGGGACACUACCUCUCAACUUGUCACCAAGUGAAUCUUCUUCUCCUUAUGGUCCUAAAAGACACUGAACCAAGAGGAACACGCAAUACUUCCUGAGGUGAUCCACGAUGUCCAGAGCACGAGACAGCCGUGAAGAACAAUGACUGACUUAAGUUACCAGCUGACCGGCUUCUUCCCUCGUGACUGAUGAGACCACAGGAAGAGUGUGUCGGAAAUAUAUUUUAUGCAAUAAGGUGCCAUGGGUGACUGGAGCUUUCUGGGAGAUAUCUUAGAGGAAGUACAAAAACAUUCCACGGUGGUGGGAAAAGUAUGGCUGACCAUCCUCUUUAUUUUCCGGAUGUUGGUUCUGGGCACUGCAGCCGAGUCUUCCUGGGGAGAUGAAAAAUCUGACUUUAUGUGUGACACUAACCAGCCUGGUUGUGAGAACGUGUGUUACGAUAAAGCAUUUCCCAUUUCCCACAUUCGAUUCUGGGUUCUCCAGAUUAUUUUUGUCUCCACUCCAUCCCUGCUCUACAUGGGACAUGCCAUGCACACCGUUCGGAUGGAGGAAAAAAAAAAGCUCAAGGAGGAAGAGGCAAAAGCCAAACAGGACAUGAACGGUGAUUCAACUUACCAUCAAAAAGAGUACCCAGCCGAAAAAGUAGAAAUCACUUAUCGGGAUGAGGUCAGCGGUAAGAUCAGAAUUGAAGGAAGUCUACUGAACACCUACGUGUGCAGCAUUCUCAUCCGGACGGCGAUGGAAGUAGCUUUUAUUGUUGGACAAUAUAUGCUGUAUGGGAUAUUUUUGGAUACGCUCUAUGUAUGUAGAAGAAAACCAUGCCCCCAUCCUGUCAACUGCUACGUGUCCCGGCCAACCGAGAAGAACGUCUUCAUCGUCUUUAUGCUGGCCGUUGCGACCCUUUCUCUUGUACUUAGUCUUGUAGAGCUCUACUACCUGUUAUGGAAAAAGUUCAGACAGAGAUUAUCCAAAGAGUCUGCCAACAAAGACAACCUACUGAGAGUGGCCACCAUAGAACCGGAACACCGGUCUCAAAGUUGCACUCCACCCCCGGAUUUUAACCAGUGCUUGAAUAGUAAGAGUAAGUUCAACAACCCUUUCAACAACACUCUGGCAUCGCAACAGAACACGGCCAACUUUGCCACUGAAAUGGUCCAAGGUGAAGAGGACAUUGGCCAAGGGCAGUUUAUCCACAUGAACUAUGCACAAAGUGCCCCAGUGAACAACCAUUCAGCGCCCCACCACAAGCCCAAUGGGUAUUGCCAGAGUGGUCGACGCUUGAGUAAAACCAGUCGGACAAGUAGUAAGGCUCGUUCAGAUGACUUGGCGGUGUGAACUACAGUGGAGAUUUUUAUACGUUCUUUUUUGUUUUCGUAUCCAUUAAUUUCAUAUUUAUAUAGCAAUAGAAAACAUUCAGGUUUCUGGAUUUAAUUCUGAGAACUCAUUUUUUGUACUGUAUUUUUAUGCCUUUUUAUUGUGUAAGAAAAAGCAAUAAAGAGCAUCCU